CUCUCUUAAUCAAUCCCUUUUUUUUUUUUUUUGACAAAAUCUGAAUUUGUUUAAUCUUUUCUCCCUGAAAAAAUCGGAGGGACAGUAAUUCGAAAUUCGACGCUGCUAUACUGCCAUGGAGAUCUUCCAGAAGGCAGAGAAGGUUCGACUACGCAGUCACCAUGACAAAUACCUUCUCGCUGAUGACGAUGAAGAAUCAGUGUCCCAAGACCGCGACGGUACCCUGAAGAACGCGCAGUGGACGGUGGAGUUAGUAGAAAACGCCGACGUUAUACGGCUCAAGAGCUUUUAUGGGAAAUACCUGACCGCCUCGAACAUGCCGUUCCUUCUUGGAAUGACGGGGAAGAAGGUAUUGCAAACGGUGCCGAGACGGUUGGAUUCUUCCGUCGAAUGGGAACCCAUCAGAGAAGGCGUUCAGGUUAGGCUCAAGACGCGGUACGGCCAGUAUUUGCGAGGAAAUGGGGGGCUGCCGCCGUGGAGGAAUUCGAUUACCCAUGAUAUCCCUCAUAGAACUGCCACCCAAGAUUGGAUUCUUUGGGAUGUGGACGUUAUCCAAUUUCGGAGACCCAAGCAGCAGGCUUCCCCAAAAGUGCAACCACCACCACCACCACCACCGGAAUUGGUUGAUCGUGUCGAAUCUGAGCCCCCUUCUCCGACGGCAAUUUCACUUAGGUCUCCUAAAAUGACUAGAUUAGAGUCUGAUGAUUCAUUUGAUGUUUCUUCUCCGGCAAAGAUUGAAGGACGAUUGAUUCAUUAUGAAGUGGUAGAUGAAGAUGGGGAGGUUGACGAGGCAAUGGGACAACGUUCUUCCACAUUCAAGGGCAGUGGGGUUGAAGAAUUGAAGGAAAUGCUGAAGGAAGAAACAGGGUUGAAUGAAAUCUUCGUCUGUUCUCGCAAUCCUUUGAAUGGAAAGCUUUACCCUCUUCGGUUGCAUCUUCCUCCUAACAAUGUAACAAUGCGUGUAGUUGUGGUUCCAUCAUACUCCAAAGUGGCAACAGAAUUUGAGGCAUGAUAAAAGCAGCAUCCAAGGAUCACUUCCCUGCUGAGGAACAGGAAUUGAAUCAAGGCAGAUUGAAUUUACAUGCUACAAGGUCUUCUAAUGUCACUGGAGGCGUUGAGAACAUUAUAUAGUUGACGGUCUUCGCUUGGAAAAUUGUUUUUCAUUCUCUAACUGUGUGUUUUUCUGUUUCAAAUCUAAUCAGUGGUGAUUUUCAUGUGGGAAAGAGGGAGAACACAAUUAAAAUAAUCAGUUUCUC